UCUAACCCUAAGCACUUCACACUUCCCUUGUAACCCUAAAAUAUGUAUCAACACCCUCUCUCCCCUCCACACAGGAUCAACAAGAAGUUUGCUAGAGCUCUCCUCCCUCUUCUUGUUUGGCUUGCAGUUUCAGUGGCAUUGAGCUUAAAGUAUGGAAAUUAUGGAAAUCACCGUCUUGUCUUGGGAUCGAAUUCAUCGAGGAUGGUUAAGACUAGCUCCAUCUUUGUUAAGGAGAUAAAAGCCAAAGGUAUACCGGCAAAUAAAGGCUUGUUUAUCUAUGGUUUCUCCAACAAACCUAAGCUUGGCUUGGCAACUAACAGGAGUACUAGAUAUUCUAUGUUUCUUAAUUCAUAUGGUCACAAGAAAUUAUCAAUGUGGUUGAAUAAAGGAUCUAAGAUCAGUAUAAAUUGGAAUAUAGUUGUUCAUGGUGGUGCUAGCAAUGGAGAGCUUCUUCUUGUUCUAAUCAAAGGUAGUAGUAGUGAUCAUCAUAAUUUGAAGGGUUUGAAGAGAUAUGAUCAAUUGAGAUCACAUGGAUUUAAUGACAACAAAAUGACGUAUGCCAUCAAAGAGGACAAUACAUACAACAUCGAGAUCAUAAAUUUGAAUCCUCAAAGCAUUCAAAUGGAUUUGUUUGUAAAUGUUUCAUUGACAAUGUAUGAUACUACAAAAGCAACAAGCUUUUGUUCAUUGACAAAUACAACUACAUGCAAACUCAAGCUUGAUUUUCCGAGAUAUCACUACUUUGUCUUUACAACACCAAGUAAUGAAGAUCAUAAUGAGGAAUUGGACCUAGUACUUGCAUUUACGGGGCGAAUCAUCACGUAUUUCUUCUUAUUCGGGAUGAUUAUGGCAAUUGUUUGGAUAAUUAUAGAACAAAUUCAAAGUUGUCAGCCAACAGAGAGGACACAAGAAGAAGUGAUGGAGAAUGAGCCAAUCUUGCCAACAAAAGAAGUGACUUGUAACUAUGGAACAAGUGAAGACCCUGAAACAAGCUUGUCUAGUUCCUUCACUGAUACUUAUGAUGAGAAGAUAUGCAUACUCUGUUAUGAGCAAAACAAAGCUUGUUUUUUCACUCCUUGUGGCCACUCAAUUUCUUGCUUCUCAUGCGCUCAAAGGAUUAUGAAGGAAGAAAACAAAAUAUGUCCGGUUUGUAGAAGGCUUAUACAAAAAAUUAGAAAAUUACCUGGUCUAUAAAAAAAGAGUUGAUUUUUAUUUAAUUAUUGACGUUGUAUUAGUGAGACUAGUAGAUCAUUGUUAUUAAAAGAAAUAUUGUAUUAAUAGGUUUUUAUAUAAAUUUGAUCAUUAGUUUUUGGCCUAA